AUGUUCUCCGUCGCGGAGACCCCUGUGGUUCCCCGCUCGCGCGUGAGCACUCGACCACUUACGUGGGUCGUCCACCCCGACCGCUCGAUCGCGUCAAACAGCGACGAUUGGCGAAACGCGAAGCGUAUUCGUGGAGACGAGGGUUCGGCGAGCGAGAGCGAGACCGAGGCGUCGACGAGCGGACGACGAAGAAACGGUGGUGGCGCCGAGGUGGUGGAUAAAGACGGAGAACGAACGGUAUUGACGUGGAGGAUCGAUGACGCGCGAUCGCGGACGUGCGUGAUUGAGAGCUCGAGCGGGCGAGCGACGCGCGUGAUGACUCCGAGCGCUUUGGCGCAGACGUGCGCGUGCGGACAAACGCGCGACGGCGCCGCUUUCGUCGUGCUCGCAACGACAGACGGGGAGCACGUUAUGCGAGUACUUUUGGAGGAUUUAGACGAUUUCGAAAGCGCGGGAACGACGGUGAAGGCGACGCGGGGGCCGGCGUCGGCGACGCGCGUGGCGGCGCUCGGAGCGGUAGGCUCGGACGCGUUCGCCGUGUUCGACGUCUCGGGAUCGGGCGUGGUGUAUCAUGCGAAGACGAUGCAAGUGAUUUGUGAGAUUCAGUCGUCGAGCACGCUCAGUCGGGUGUGGAACGCGGUGAAGGGUUCGUCCGAGAGUGCGGUCAUCGGUGCCACGCCUCGGUCAGAGCGCGUGAGCGGGAAGGAUGUGGUCGCCUCGAUCUCCGCCGACGGCUUCGUGCAGGUGUGGGACGUCACGGAGGCGUGCCGUAUCGCUGAACAGCUCACUCUGGGGGCGAUUGCGAAGCCGCCGACACAGGUGAAAGCGCCGCGCGUGUGCGCCUCGCAUCUGCCCCCGGCGCCUGGCUCGCAAGACCGGGCUGCAGGCGAUCGCCCGGCGUACGCUUUCGCUGUCUCCCCGUCGGCCAACGGACUCUCUUUAAACUUCGUAGUCUCCUCGCGAGAGAACCCGCACGACAAGGGACCUCAGCUCGCGCUGUACACGAUGAAGCACGGAGCGCUCGUGUUUACGUCCUCCGUGGAGGGCUCGAGAGGGACUGCGCUCGCGCUCGCGCUCACGGGCGAGUUCGUCGUCGCCGCGCUUGAAUCGUCAUCUGGAGGUUGUACUUCGUCGUGUUGGCCCUUAGACGCGCUCCACCGAGCGCGCGAUGUGCGCUCGGGUGAAUCGGAGGCGAGCACGCUUGAAGAGUGGGGACACAGCGGCGGAGGGAAUGACGCCGCGAGCGAGCUUAUGAAGCGUUUCGGCGCACUCAGCGGGUACACGGCGGAGUCCGUGGCGACCGCACUCACCCGUGAGCUCACUUCGUGCGGUUUGGACUCGGAAGAGGCUCUGACGGAAGCGCGAUGCGCCCUCUCCGUGGAGGCUGAGCGUGCACAUACGGUGCGCGACUUGGUCAUCGCCGCCGCUGGUCCGUCACCAACCGUCGCGCAAGUCCUGGAAACGUGGUGUCGUAUCGCGCCAACGUACGCGAAGAGUUGGAAGCGCGCACACGCGCCGCUUUCAUUCAUUCGCGCCUCGACGGGUCCCGUUCUCGUCCGAGCAGGCGGUUUGCUCGGGGCGAUUCGUGUCAACGACGAGGUCGAGGAGUCCAACGCUCGAGCGCAAAUCAUGAACGAAGACGCACCGACGCUCAAAUUUCACGCCGGCGGCCGACAAACCGCGUCUGCUCUCAUCGCACUGUUCGCCAGAUUGAACUCAGUCUUGGGUGGAGCGGCAUGCGUCGCCAUGGACUUGAUUGCAAGCGGUUUAUGCGUGGAUACAGCACACGGCGCCGCGUUCGACAACCAUGAUGAACAAAUCGAGGCGGCGAGUCAAAACGCGAAGGAUUGGCUCGAGUCGUUCGCGGGCGCACUCAUCGGAGAUGUGUUCCCACCGGCGCCGAGCGACGAGAGCGAUGCGCGGGCUCGAACUCGUAAGGCGUCGCAUCGCGCGAGACAGCGAAUCAUCGUCCGCCUACUUCAGGACGCGUUGAGCUCUAUUCCCGACCCCGAGCGAGCGCUUCAAGAGCGUGUGGACGCUUGGAUGCGAGAUCCGACCGAUCUGGGUGACGUGACGGACCAGGCGAGCGAUCGCGAGGAAUCCCAACACGGAGCUCUUGUGCUGAAUGCGGCAAGGCAACAAGCACGCGCACGUCUCGAAGCGGCGCGUGGAAUGGUGCUCUUGUUGGGAUGCGUUCGGCUAGGACCGAAGAUUGGAUUCCCGGCCGUUGCCGCGGAGUCCAUUUCGACUGUUCUCCCUCGGGCAAUGGGCGCGUACCGCUCGGCGAUUUUGUCAUCGUGGCUUUUGACCGAGCGUCGUUCGUGCUCGAGUGUCGGUAAGACAGACGCUCCGCGCCUGGCGGUUGUCUUGGCGAAUUUAAACCACGACGAGGUGAAGGAUUUUUCGGAGGGUUCGGGUUUGCGACGCGCCGGCUCCUUGGUGGACGCAUCACUCGCCGCCGGCGCAGCGACGUCAUCUUCGCAGGAGCAGCGAGUGAUCGAGAUUGGGACCGCGCUCUACGCUGCUGGGGAAAUAGACGCCCUUGGCACACUCCUGGCGUUCGCGCGUCAGCAAGUACCGGGGAACGAGUCCAUCUACGACGCUUCAUUCGACGCUCCGGCACCGCUCUUCCUGCAGGCGUUGUGGACGUGCGCGGAUUUAGCUGGUCUCAACGAUGCUGAGGACGCAAGCGAACGCGUGAAGUCAGUUGAUACCGCCAUCGCACUCUUCAGCAGAGUCGCCGCGUUCAUUCCAAAAGCUCCGAGUCCCGUGGACGCGCUGCUCGUGCAGUUGUUGCGAGUGAUCCAGGGUACGCUCAUGGGAACUGACGAUGCGUUUCCGGAUGAUGCUGUGUCCCGUCUGGAGUACUACGAGGUUGUCAUGUUGUUCUUUGAGCGUCUUGGAUGCGCCGCAGGCGCCGCAGCCGCGGCGUACGCGGCUUUACACGAGGUUCAGGACGAUGAGAACCAGAGCGCGCGAUUGUGGGCAAAUGUUUUACAGUACGCGGUGGACGCACGCGAUUGGCGAGCAGCGUACUGCGCGGCGACAAGCGUCGCAGGCGAGCACCGUCAGGCGGCUGCGAUGCGGCGCUUAGUAGCGAGCGUAUGUGAACCCGGUGCGAAGAACGGCGGGGCGGUCUUGAGCACGCUUUGCUUGGACGAAACCGAUGGGCCACACUAUCAGACCGUCGUAAACGCGCUCGAAGGGCGAGCAUCGACGGCGCAGACCGAUGCACCGAGCGAAAUUCUGUAUGGUUUCUACCUGAACCGAGGGGAUCCCGAGAAGGCCGCGGUGUCCAUGCACGCAUUCGCGAAUAGACUGAGAGAGACGACGAUGGAGACGGCGCGUAAACCGGGCGUGAGUUACGAGGAACUCGUCGAGGCUCUUUCCAGACAGUCCUCGGCGCUUCUCGCAUCCGCAAACGCCCUGACGGUCCUCUCUGAUCCCUGCUCGGUGAGCUUUGACGCUACGACGGAGGAUGCGCACAUGGAGGGUAACGACGAUUUUUUCGCGGCGAACGUCGUCUCGAGCGGUCAAGACACGAAGAAGAGUCCUUUGGCGACGGUAUUGUCCGAGUAUGCCUUGUCGGCGGCGCGUCUCGAGCUUUUGCACGCUGGAUGCGACAUCUCCGCGCUCAGGUUCGAGGGAAAUGAUCGCGAAGUGAUUCCAUCGCUGUGUCGAUUGCUGAUCGAGUACGGUUGCUUCACCGCCGCGACGACGCUCUGCACGGCAUGGCUGGACGGUGAGAAACUCACGUCGGCGCUCACUCUCGUUGCGGGCACAAUGGCGGCUCGCGCGAGUAUGAUCCAGAUCGGGGACGAAUCCACCAUGCUCGCCGAGCGAGACGAUGCGACAAGGCAAGAGAACGCAGAAGCGUCAGAUUACCGUGCUCUGGCGGGUCUCAUAGGCGUCGAUCCUGUGGCGACGUCGAUCGAUUCGUACUGGAGCGAGCUCAGACGAUUCGUGGAGCGCUUCGACACGUCGGAUCGCAACUUUGCGCUGUCCGAAGCGGUUGCGCGGUCGAUCCUAUCGAUUGAUCCUCGAAUAGCGCUUCCGCACUGGCUCGUGAAGCGCUUCAUCAAUCCCGAAUCGAUCUUCACGAGUCGCGGUAUGGCGCGACGCGGUGCGAAUCCGGCAGCGCUCCUGCGCGUUUAUCUUGAAUUCAAUCGCGUGGAAGAAGCGGCACAGUUAUCCCUCAAGGAGUUAACCUCUUGGUCGAAGCGCUCCGCGAUCGAUCGCACCGCUCAUGGGGCGUGCUGGUUCCCAAUGAAUCUGAUCCUCGAGGCUCGCGAUCGAUGCACGCAGAAUGGCCCGCUUCAGCAGUUGCGCGAAGCCUUGGCGAAGGCGAUCAAAUCGCAUGAGACGCGAACGAAGGCCGAUAGCGCCAUGCUUGCUCAAGUCUCGGCGUAG